UUUUAUACAACCGCCAGCGUCCCAUAAUUCCGCAGGAAAACACGUUCGAGAAAGUAAAUUAUCUGUGUGGGAAAACGCCAACAUGUCGGAAAAGAAACAAACAGUCGAUUUAGGAUUGUUGGAGGAGGACGACGAGUUUGAGGAGUUUCCAGCUGAAGAUUGGACUGGCUUGGAUGAGGAUGAAGAUGCUCACGUGUGGGAGGAUAACUGGGAUGAUGACAACGUAGAAGAUGACUUCUCUAAUCAGUUGAGAGCUGAGCUUGAAAAACACGGCUACAAAAUGGAGACGUCCUAGUCUUUCACACACCUUCAGAAGAUCUAUCAGGGAUACGGACUCUGGGUAUCUUCAGAAACGACAGCAAACACAACGGAGUUAUGGGCACCUUUUUUUUGUAAAAAUUAAAUAAAAGUGUUGAACACA